UGGUGAUACAAGCACCCAUUCGACACCAUGGCAAACCGACAACUUGCCCGGGAUAUGCAAACAGAGUUUCAGGCGCGGGUACAUUUGCCCCUCAAUCUUGACCGUGACCCCGCGCUCGACGGCGAGCGUUGGGAUGUCUGGACAAGAGAUGCUGACGAUCGAACAGUUCAACGCCAAGCAAGCGAGACGCGAAGCACAGAAGGCAGCGAAGCAAGACAAUGAGCUAAAGAAGCAGAUUCAGAAUGUGGGUUCACCCCGGUCGUUAUCAUCAUAAGUCCCAACCCACCUCACCGCCGCAUUUUAAACUGACCGGAACGGCUCUCGAACAAACCAGCUCCUCAAAAAGGGCGAGACGGCACAAGCCGCGCAAAAGGCGCGCAUGCUUCUCGCGAAACAGGCGAUCGCGGCGCAGAUGGACCAGGCGGCCGACAUGGCGGAGCUGUCGCUGGCGCAGAUCCAGGCCAACAACGCCAUGAACCGCAUGACGCACAUGAUGGCGCAGUCGUCGCGGACCAUGCAGCGGGCGCAGCGCAGCGCGAAUCCGGAGCGGACUUUGCUCACGCUCGAGCAGUUCCGCGCCCAGAACGAGGAGUACGCCAUGUCCAACGGCAUCUACCAGGACGCCAUGACCCAGAAUACCAGUGUUCAGGUUAGUGAUGACGCGGUGCAUGAGUUGCUGGGCAAGUUAGCGGAUGAUGCGGGGUUGGAGCUGGGGAAGGAGUUGGGCCAGGCGACGACUAGUAAGGAGGACCCGGUGAAGGAGACGGUUGAGCCGAAUCCCGAGGUCGAGGAUGCGUUGCAGCAACGGUUGAGGGCGUUGAGGGCUUGAUAACUUAUGGCCGUGGGGGGUAUAGAGGGUGGCGGCUAAGAGGGGGUUUACAGAAGAGGAGGGUUUGCCAGGCUGGUCGGGGUAUACGGAUCAAGAGGGUAAAGCUACGAAGUCGAUGACAAUAUUGCAAAUGGGCACUUGGGGAUGCUGCGGAUGGGUCUCACACUUGGUCCCCAGCCCCGCUGGGAGGGCAUGACAUUUAU